UCAGCCAAGUCUUUUGGCAAAAUAGGCUCAAGCCAUACCACAAUAAUAGAGUCUAACCCUGCUACUCACUAGUAUAGUAUAUAAGACACCACACCAUUGCUGUGCUAAAUCAUUUUAUAACAGCUUCAAUCCUCUCAACAAACUUUUAGUGAGUAAAGAAUUAAGCAAAAUGGGUGAUAUUGAUUCCAUGAAUGAAGCGGCCAUGCUACAAGGCCAAGCACAAUUAUCUAAAUACAUCUCCGCUUUCCCGAUUUCCAUGGCCAUCAAAUGUGCUGUGGAGCUUCGUAUUGCUGAUAUUAUUCAUUCUCAUGGCCACCCUAUUACUAUGUCACCAAUAGCCACUAAUAUUGAUUCUUCAUCUCCAGAUAUAAGUUAUCUUUCUCGUAUCAUGAGACUCCUAGUCCGUCAAAAAAUCUUCACUGCUGCUACCUCUCAGGGCGAAGAUACCUUCUAUGGACUAAACCCUAUCUCAAGAUUGCUAUUACACGACACAGAGCUAAGUCUGGCACCAAUGUUCCUAUUCCAAAACAACCCAAUUCUCAUGGCUCCAUGGCAUUGUUUCAGCAGCUGUGUGAAAGAAGGUGGAAUUGCAUUCAAGAAAGCUCAUGGGUCUGAAAUUUUUGAUAUGGCUUCAAAAGAUGAAGAGUUGAAUGAGAGUUUCAACAAUGGGAUGAAUUCAGUGACAAAAAGCAUAAUGAAGUCAAUAAUUACAGGGUAUAAAGAUGGGUUUAAUUCCAUUACAUCACUUGUUGAUGUAGGUGGAGGGACAGGGGCAGCUAUGUCUGAAAUUGUCAAGGCAUAUCCUCAUAUCAAGGGGACAAAUUUUGAUUUGCCUCAUGUUGUGUCAACAGCUCAAAAAUAUGAGGGCGUUUCUCAUGUUAGGGGUGACAUGUUUCAGGCUAUCCCACCUGCUGAUGCUGUCUUUGUCAAGAGGAUAAUGCAUGAUUGGGGAGACGAAGAUUGUGUGAAGAUCUUGAAGAAUUGUCGAAAGGCGAUAUCGGAGAAAACUGGAAAAGUGAUCAUAGUUGAAGCCGUGUUGAAGCCAGAGGGUGAGGGCUUAUUUGACGAUUUGGGAUUCAUGUAUGAUCUGGUUAUGAUAGCACACAGCAGUGGUGGCAAGGAAAGGAGUGAAGAUGAGUGGAACAAAUUAUUGAAAGCCGGUGGAUUUCCGCGUUACAAUAUCAUUGAAAUUCCUUCUUGGCUCUCUAUUAUUGAGGCCUACCCACAGUGA